UGUUAGAGCUGCGGACGGGGUGAGGGAGGACGGAGGUGCUGGUGGGGACUUGGCCGCGCUUGCAGUGGAGUGUCCGCGGAACUAGUGCGAAUCUGUUGGCUGGAGGGGUCACGCAGGAGGAUCUGUUCAUAAGGAUGUGAUUGCAAAGUCAUAAUCUGGGUGGAUGGAUGGCUUGAAAAUGAGUAGAUGAAGUUUGAGAAGAAUCAAAAUCUGAGAGCUUCUCUGAACACCAUUCGUGCUAGAAAGUGACAUCGAAGUGCUGGAGAGGGUCUGGAGACAACAUUUGCAGCCCUUUACUUGGGAUACAAGUUAUGAACCCUUUCUGGAGCAUGUCUACAAGUUCCUCACGCAAGAGACCUGAAACUGAAGAAAAGACUCUGACUGGAGAGUUGAGAACCAGUCCUCCACGCACCUCUACAAAGAAACAGCUGCCUUCUAUUCCAAAAAAUGCUGUGCCGAUGACCAAGCCUGCUUCUCCUGCCCCUUCAUCCCAGUCUACAAAUGGAACACAUGCCUCCUAUGGGCCUUUCUACUUGGAAUACUCUCUCCUUGCGGAAUUCACUUUGGUCGUAAAGCAGAAGCUGCCAGGAGUUUAUGUGCAACCAUCUUACAGAUCGGCAUUAAUGUGGUUUGGAGUGAUAUUCAUAAGACAUGGCCUCUACCAGGAUGGUGUGUUCAAAUUUACAGUCUACAUCCCUGAUAAUUACCCAGAUGGUGACUGCCCACGAUUGGUGUUCGAUCUACCAGUGUUCCACCCACUAGUAGAUCCCCUCUCAGGUGAAUUAGAUGUGAAAAGAGCAUUUGCAAAAUGGAGGCGAAACCAUAAUCACAUAUGGCAAGUACUAAUGUAUGCUCGCAGAGUCUUCUACAAGAUUGAUACGACCAGUCCUUUGAAUCCGGAAGCUGCAGUGCUAUAUGAAAAAGACAUUCAGCUGUUCAAAAGUAAGGUGGUAGACAGUAUAAAACUAUGCAGCAGUCACUUAUUUGAUCAGCCUAAAAUAGAAGAUCCCUAUGCAAUUAGCUUUUCUCCAUGGAAUCCAGCUAUACAUGAUGAAGCUAGAGAGAAGAUGUUGACUCAGAAAAAGAAGCCAGAAGAUCAGCACUGCAAAAGCAUGCAGGUGUCUGGGCUGUCAUGGGUAAAGCCUGGUUCAGUGCAGCCUUUCAGUAAAGAAGAGAAGACCAUGCCUACCUAACUCUUCAGGACCAUGAUGCACAAAACACUUUCUGUAGGUGGAGGGAAUGUAACGGACAGAGAAAUGGCAAACUAGCAGUUUCCUUCUUGACAAUGGAUUAGUGAAAACUGAACGAUAGCAGUGACUCAAGUAAACCUGCUCAAUGGAUUUUUGUGGACUCUUCUCAGUGUUUUACAUAUGCAUUAAGUUUUAAGAGCAGCCUGGAGGAUGGAAGUAUCUCUAAACAUUGCAGUAAUUCUAUUAAUGAAGGACUGCCUAGGAUGGUAACUCCCAGGGCUCUAAAAUGCCUGGAGGGUUUGUCUAAGCUUUUAUUUUCCUUUCAGGAAUAGCAAUUUUGAAUCUUAAGGAACUGGCAGAAGUAUUAGCAGGAAAAACUGAUGCCAGAGGUAAGCUGUGUUCCUAUAAACUAAUAUAGCAGAGUUAAACACUAUAUUUAAUGAUUUUUAAAUGGUUUCUAUUGUAAAUACAUUAGGAUUUUAAAUUGUAAAUAGCGGGUUCAGUGACUCCAACUAGCACUUUCAAGAAAGGCAGAGCUGAGAUUGGCACUCAGCAUAUGAUAUAUAUUACUGACUUGCAAAUAGGUGUUGUCACUAAAGCGCACAUUAGUCUGACAAGAUGAGAGCAGAGUGUUAGGUUUACUAGGCUUUUAUUACAUAAACACUAAAAAUCAAAGCUUUUUAUUGGUGGUUUUGAUCUAAUUAAUAAAAUCUUAGAGGAUGUUAGACUUCCUAUGUGUUAAGACUGCAGGGAUUACUAGGCUAGUUUGACUAAUGUGUGUUAAUAGUGACAUCUUAAAAAAUAAAAAAAAAAUCAUGUUAA